UGCAUGCUGACGUUACCGUUUUCAACAACAGAGAUCAAUGAAUUGUAUAACUUAAAAGGAACUGAUGAUGAAUUUUUAAAGGCAUUCGAAGCUGUAAUUCCAGAAGUAUUAUCCAGUGCUGAAUGGUUGCCGGAAACUUACAAGAGCAUGAUUAGAGCCGAAGUUGAGUUGGCUGGCAGUAAAGAAUACUUACGAAACAUGAGAGUUCAGAAUACUUUGUACAAAGGAAAAGACGGUUGUGCGAUAGCAGCGGGUAUUAAUAAUUCAGAAAAUAAUGAAACAGGAUGUAGUUUUAUCGUAGAGAAUGUUGAUAAAACUUGUUUUACAGCUGAACAGCUUGCAGUGUACGAAACUGUUGAGUCAUACCUACAUCGAUGGUUGCAACAUCGAAGAAAAGUUGCAAAUGGAGAGAAAUGUGACGAUUUAGAGCCGUUUCGCAUCUUUGUGCAAGGAUCGGCUGGCUGCGGAAAAACUUACCUUAUAAAAUCAAUAAUAAAAUUGGUCAGAAAUUUUUGCAUUGCGGAAAAAGGAAUAGUAUCGACAGCACGAUACCAUGGUGGUUGCUUAGUUGCUGCGCCCACCGGCUGUGCAGCCCAUAAUAUCGGUGGUUCAACGCUACAUGAUUUGUUCGGAUUGGACGUGCAAGACGGUGCCUUUCAAGGGUAUCGGGUUUCGACUGGUCAGAAGUUAAACAAUCUGCGUGGUAAACUAAACGGUGCGAUAAUGUUAAUUGUUGAUGAGAUAUCAAUGGUAGGAAGGAAGUUGUUUUAUCAAGUCAGUCAGCGGUUGAACGAAGUCAAAGAUACCGUUCAAAAAAAAGGCUCAUUUUUUGGAAACCUACCGGUAAUUCUUUUCGGUGAUUUAUUCCAGCUGCGGCCUGUCCAGGCAAAAUUUAUUUUUGAAAAUUGCGGGGAACUAGUAGAUUUGUGGAAGCUUUUCUCGCCGGUUUUCUUUAAAAUCAAUAUGAGGCAGCUAUCGGAUGACGGCUUUAGAGAAGGGCUUGAAUCCUUGCGAAAGGGCUUGCUAACAGUUGAGUUCGAUAAACUUUUAAGGAGUAGGUGCCUGAACCCAUCAGUAAAUCCUGAUGGGUACGUUGACGUGAAAAGAGAAUAUGAAGAGAGGUUUAAGGACACUAUUCAUCUUUUUUACCGCGUCAAAUGUACUCAAAAAUUUAAUUUUACCUCGCUAGUGCAAUUAGCAAAGAGUGCUAGCACGCCUGUUUUCGAAAUAAAAGCAACGGAUACCGAAGAUUUGGACCACAUUAAAAGAAAGAGUGUAAAGAAAGCUUUGAAACCGUCAAAAGAUGCUAAAAGUACGGGUGGACUAAAUGAGCACCUGCAUGUUGCAAAGGGUUGCAGGGUUAUGUUGACGCAAAAUAUUGAUGUCAACAGCGGUUUGGUAAAUGGAGCAAGAGGUACUUUGCUCGAAAUGUUGUGGUUUCGAGAAGAAACGGGAACCGACGAAACCACUCCUGAAAUACAUGACUGUUUGUAUCCUGACUGUUGCAGACCAGAUACAGUUCGAGUCAAAAUGCCCAGUAGAAUGAAAAUUCUAUUUGACGGAAAUACAGAACCAUCCAUUAUUCUACCAGUCACUUCAUAUUUUUUUGAUUUAAAUAAGGUUGCGAUGCGGAGAACGCAGUUUCCGGUAAUUUUGUCUUACGCUAUGACUAUUCAUAAAUCUCAAGGCGCAACAAUUUUGACUGGGUCAAUAGAUUUAAAUUUCGGCAAGUGUAGGCCGCAGGGUGGGUUUUAUGUCGCUUUAUCGCGCUUUCCUAGCGCAUCGGCGUUUGUAUUAUUGGAUUACACUCCUGAAUCUUUUGCGUUUUCAAAAUCAGCAUUAACUGAAAUUCAACGGUUAGAAGCAUAUGGAAUUCAGUCAACGACUUAGAUAAAAUAAUUUUGUGAAGCACACGAAAUUUUGAAGUUCAGUUGCUAUUUCGU